UUUGGGUAAAUAGAACGCAAAAAAAGAUCAAAGUAUCUUUGAUCCAAUCAAAACUGUCACGCGAAUUAUCUUGUUAAAUUCUAGUAAAAACAUUUUAAAUGGAAGGUCUCAACCCUCCGAUCGGUGACAAUCAGGAAGGAAAUAAUGAGGGUAAGGUAAUGCAUUUCGUGCGUAGAUUUAGCGCGUAUUGGCGUGGGAGUGAUAACACCACAGCCAGUAGAGCGUCUGAUUCCGAAUUAUCCAUCAACGAUUUGGAUUUCGCCCAUCAACAAGAGAGACUUAAACGUAAACGCAAGAGGCAAGCCAAUACACAAGAACAUUUACCGAGAACACUAAGGAAAGCCGCCAAGAUUAUCGGUAGUACUAUUGAGUACGGCCUCGCCAAUGGUUUACUCAUCCAAAAUGGCAACAGCUUUUAUUGGGCCUACAAAGAUAUCGACGGAGAAAGGGAUGGAGAGGAUGUCAAGGCAAAUGUAGAAACCCUACGCACCGACCUAGGUGAAACGAGUGAAUUGGGAUGUUCGAAAUUCCCGAACAGUGCUGGGUGCAGCAGUAUUAGGGCACAUAGCAAACUUAAGAAAAGGCACCAUCACCAUUAAAUCAAAUUGCAAUACACUUCUGCAGAUUUACUAAUGGUCUUCGCUAUUUAACGCGUUUGGCAGUAAAAUAAUAAGUUGA